AUGACAAAUAUAUAUUUAACAUAUAGAACUAUAUUCUUUUUAUUAUUUUCUCUACUCCCAUUAGCAGCAUUGGUCAUACUGUUUGUUAUACGAUAUCUAUUCUAUGACAAGAGUAAACAUCAUCCCAACAGUAAAGUACACGUCUUUUUCGAUGUCAUCAAAUUGUUGGUUGUAUGUGGAGUGGUACUAGCUAUGACAGCAACAAGUACAUGGCAAUAUUUGCAUGUAGCUCUGGUGAUAGUACCAUCAUUCAUCUUUCUCGUAGUGAUGAGUCUUCAUCACCUCAAAUCAAGAUACUACGAAGCAUCUAUAUUUGAUCCGGUAGAGAGUAUGAUGAUGGAUAACCUCGGUGGUCGUAAUCAAGAUAGCGAUGGAGUUGACGGACCACUACGAGCAAGUGGAUCAAUCAAGUUUGAUGAAUUUAUUGCAUUGGAUUCAAAACAAGACGAUGACGAUGGAGAAGAGGACGGUGACAAUACAUUUGAUCCAUCAUAUGACGGAGGAAAGAAAACAAAGAAAUUAAAAUCGUGUAUAUCAUUUUCACCGAAAUGUCUGGUUAAAUUGGCUUGGUGGAAACAAUUUGGGUUGGAUGUUCAACAAGUGAUAAAGACAUCACCAAAGAAAUUGGUCGUGUCAUUGUCUAUACUCAUUCUAUUGGUUGGUGUAGCUAUGCCAUUGAUGAUGGACCGUAUGUGCGUCUGUUCUCAUCCAAUGACACUAUCAACCAGAAUGACAAGAUCACCAAGUUGUCAAAACAACCAAGUUUGCAUAUCCUAUCUUUUGCUACCAGAAGAUCCAUCACAAUCGAUGAUCUUUUAUUUUCACACAAGAGAUAGACCCGAAGUGGCAUAUAUAAAAUAUCAAGAGGGCAAGGUAGACAAUACCAGUGCCAAAGCAGCAGACUCUCUUUUACAAACUGUAGAAGCUCAAUCAAUGAUAUCAAUGACCUCUACCAUUGUCGAAGAGAAUCGAUGGGUAGUUGGUUGCUAUCUCGAUCAACUCAACCCUGCGACAUUGUACAGCUUUUCAAUGUGCUAUAUUACAAAAAGUUCAAAUAAUGAAUCCAUUUGCACGCCAAUCAGUCGAUUCAAAACACUACCAAACGAUAGUUCACCAAUCACCUUUGUUCAAGGUGGAGAUAUUCAACUAAAUAAUCAAGCCAUUGAUAUGGCAACUCAAUCUUUAAAAUUUAAUCCAAAUUUUGUUAUUAUUGGUGGUGAUAUUGCUUAUGCUGAAGGGAUACCAGCAUGUUAUCAAAGAUGGGAUCAAAAAUUAAAAUUUUUAACAGAUACAUAUAGUAAUAUAACAGAGGAUGGAUUAACAUUACCCUUUUUAAUGGCAAUUGGAAACCAUGAAGCAGGAGGAUUCUUUCAAACGAGUAAACAAGUACCAUUUUAUUUGAAUUAUUUUGUAUUUGCAAAACAAGACAUGUUGAGUUCACCUAGACCAACCUAUCAUCAUCAUAUCUUGGGCAACUAUUCUAGUUUGACGGUACUAGACAGUUGUAUAGUUAGUACUUGGGCAGAUCAAAGAGAUUGGUUAAAAUCAAAGUGGGAUCAACAACAGUUGCCUCGACAUAAUCGUUUAAUUGUUUAUCAUGUUCCUAUAUAUCCUGGAAACGAUGGUAAAAAACAUAUACAUAAUUUGGGAAGAUCAGAUAUUGUACCACUAUUUGAUCAAUACAAUGUUACUUUGGUAAUGGAAAAUCAUGAACAUAUAUUUAAAAGAACAUUUGCACUAGAAGGUGGGCAAGUCAAAGAUAAUAAUGAUGAAGGAACUAUCUAUGUUGGUGGUGGUGCAUUUGGUAUUGGACAUGAAACCAAUACAAUGGAAACUGCAUCAGCUGACAACCUACCACAAGAUCUAGAGAAACGGUCAAGAUCAAAUCAUCUUUGGAUAGUUACCAUUACACCAACCAACAUUGCAGCAAUUGCAAUUAAUUCAAAUGGUAAAUCUAUUGAUCAAUUUUCAAAAUCAGUUAAUCAAAAUUAA